AUGAAACUAUUCGCGUGGAUAGUGGCUAGCCUCACGGCUGAAUCACUCGCUUUCAAGGCGGAGUUGGUCGCUCCAUUGAAAGACCUUCAGAACCUCGCCCCGAGAGCGGAGGAGGCGACUGAUUUAAUUUCGGGAUGGCGCGACUUGGGAUGUUGGUCUGACGACGGCGGCAACCUAACGCUCGGUGACCUCACAACUGGAGGUUACGUCUUGCAAAAGGGAGCAUUCGUCCAGUUCUAUGACACCAGCUCAACGCCAAACUCCCCCGACGUGUGUAUGACAUACUGCAACAAUAACGGAUACACCUUCGCAGGUGUUGAGUACGGUUUCGAUUGCUUGUGUUCCAGCCGUGCCCCGGACACCGCCCGCUCCGGCCAAACAGGAUGUAAUGUGGCCUGUCCGAAUCCUAACGGUGCUCAAACAUGUGGUGGCGGAAACCGCAUUCAGAUCUACACUAAUGACAAACCAUACCCCUACUCGCAACCGAAGACCUCGGGGCUCCAGACGAAUUGGAGCUAUCAAGGUUGCUACACCACCUCGGGAUCCUCCCGCGUCCUCGUUGCUGACUCCACAAACUUGCAAAGUUCUGGAAACGGCGCUACCCAAUGCAUUGACUACUGCAAUGGAAAAGGAUACAGCCUUGCAGGUACUGGCAACGGAUAUGAAUGUUGGUGCGAUAAUGCGAUCCAAGGUGGAAAUUCCCUCGACUCGACCCCAAAUCAGUGCGUGCAACCAUGUGCGCAGAAUACGGGAGAGGGAUGUGGCAGCCCUCAACGCCAGGCCGUGUAUGCCAGACAGACAGAAAGAUACUGCGGAGGAGGAGAAAUCCAACUUCUGGCACCUGGUGUUCCCCCUAUUGUGCAGUGA